UUUUAAAAAACGAUAGCGAUAGACAUAUAAAGGAAGCUUUUCCAUUUUUUCUCUUUUGUUUCUUUUUCUCUCUCCGGUCUAGUGUAGAUUUUUAUCAAUCUGUGUUACAAAUUAAAUUAUUAUCUAUCUGGUUCAGGUUUUGAGAUAUACUUAAAGAGCUUGUAAAAAGUUAUUUCAUGGCGAUCUCGAACAACGAGAGUUUUUCUUCAUCAGAGCUUGGUUGAUGGAUGUUCUUUCACGCUUUUACUGUUUUGGAUUUGGGUGCAAGAAAAAUAAUGCUCGGUUUCUGAACCCUACAUAUAAUUUUUAACUUCCUCUGUCCUUUCUCUUUCACCUUUGAUUUUUAUUUUUCUUUUCCACUUUUCCGGAUUUUGUUCUUUGUUAAAGAACUUGAGAAGAAGAAGAAGAAGUAGUUCUAGUAUAGCUUUACAGUUUGUUUACAGAGAGAGAGAAAGUGUUUUUUCAUUGUUUAGUUCAUCAAAGUUGCAGAAUCAUUAAUCAUUUCUUCCAAGGAUCUUUUUGUCAAAAGAUGAGCUAGAAACAACGGAGUUAAAAAAGCUGAACUAUCGAUGUCUUCAUCAGUAAAGAUAUAUCAUCAUUUAAGAAAGUUAGGGUUUUGAAAAUGAAGCUUUCAUCGUCUUCAGGGUUGGGACAACAGAGUCACGAAGGGUCUGAGAAAAGAUGUUUGAAUUCAGAGCUUUGGCAUGCCUGUGCUGGUCCUCUUGUGUCCCUACCCACUGUCGGUAGCCGCGUCGUUUACUUCCCUCAGGGCCACAGUGAGCAGGUUGCUGCUUCAACAAACAAGGAGGUUGAUGGCCAUAUCCCUAAUUACCCUAAUCUUCCUCCACAACUUAUCUGCCAGCUUCAUAAUGUUACAAUGCAUGCAGAUGUUGAGACAGAUGAAGUCUAUGCACAAAUGACUUUGCAGCCAUUGACGCAGCAAGAACAGAAAGAUACUUAUCUCCCCGCUGAUUUGGGUAUUCCAAGCAAGCAGCCUACAAACUAUUUCUGCAAGACUCUAACUGCUAGUGACACUAGUACUCAUGGAGGGUUCUCUGUUCCUCGCCGUGCUGCUGAAAAAGUGUUUCCACCACUGGAUUUUUCUCAACAACCACCAGCUCAGGAGCUUAUUGCACGGGAUCUUCAUGACGUAGAGUGGAAAUUUAGACACAUUUUCCGAGGACAGCCUAAACGACACCUUCUUACCACCGGGUGGAGUGUGUUUGUUAGUGCCAAGAGACUUGUUGCUGGAGAUUCGGUUCUUUUUAUCUGGAAUGAAAAGAAUCAGUUACUGCUGGGAAUCCGCCGCGCCAGUCGACCGCAGACUGUGAUGCCUUCAUCUGUGCUAUCCAGUGAUAGUAUGCAUAUUGGACUUCUUGCUGCUGCAGCGCAUGCUGCCGCAACGAACAGUCGUUUUACAAUUUUCUAUAACCCAAGAGCAAGUCCGUCUGAGUUUGUCAUACCCCUUUCGAAAUAUGCAAAGGCCGUGUUCCACACUCGUGUUUCUGUUGGUAUGCGUUUCCGCAUGCUCUUUGAGACAGAAGAAUCAAGCGUCCGUAGAUACAUGGGAACUAUAACUGGCAUAGUGGAUCUGGAUCCUGCUCGUUGGCCAAAUUCUCACUGGCGGUCGGUCAAGGUUGGCUGGGAUGAGUCAACAGCAGGAGAGAGACAGCCGAGGGUGUCGCUGUGGGAAAUAGAGCCCCUGACAACUUUCCCGAUGUACCCAUCGUUGUUUCCGCUCAGGCUGAAGCGACCUUGGCAUCCUGGAGUAUCUUCAUUCAAUGAUAAUAAAGAUGGUCCGACUAAUGCUCUCAUGUGGUUGAGAGGGGAUACUGCAGACCGAAGCCUUCAGUCCCUUAAUUUUCAGGGACUUGGAAUGGCACCCUGGAUGCAGCAGAGGCUUGACCCGUCAUUGCUGGGAAAUGAACAUGAUCAGCGGUAUCAAACAAUUACAGCUGCUGCUUUGCAAGAUAUAAGAGGUGGAGAUCCGAUGAAACAACAAUAUAUGCAAUUUCAGCAACCUCUCCAAUACCUUCAACAAUCAUGCAACCCAAAUCAACUCUUGCAGGAGCAGCAAAUUAUUCAACAAUCACAUCCGCAACAGAUUCUACAUGCCCAGUCUCAAACCAUGUCAGACAAUCAGUCUUCUCCUAUUCUACAACAGCCACCUAAUGGCCAGCAUAGUCAGAAUCAACAAUCACAACAACACAAUUUUCAACAAAAUUUUCAGAUUCCAAACAAUCAAUUCGAGCAGCAUGAAACGCCUAUGUCCACUUUCGUUCAUAAACCAGAUUUUACAGAUUCAAAUAUAACAUUUUCGGCACCACUUAGUCCGUCCAUACAGAAUAUGCUAGGUUCUAUUUGUCCUGAAGGGAGUGGCAAUCUUCUGAACUUCUCAAGAACUAGUCAGUCGAUGCUUAAUGACCAGCAAAACCAGCAAUCGUGGGCUCCAAAAUUCUCUUAUUCACAAGCCAAUAAUUUUGGUAACUCAGGUUCUCUCCCACCUUUCCCUGGGAAAGACGGUAUUGUGGAGCCGGACAACUGUAGUGGCGAUACGCAGACACAACAAUUUUUUGGUGUCAACAUGGACUCGUCCCCACUCUUAAUUCCUGGUGCUGUACCGACACUUGGUAGCACCUCGAUUGAUGCUGAAGUGUCCCCAAUGCCAUUUGAUGGGUCUGGGUAUCAAAGGUCUCUUUUCGGUUGCGUGGAUGAUUCGUCUGAGUUUGUCCAGAGUGCAGCUCCAGUUGAUCCACCAACCAGAACAUUUGUGAAGGUUUACAAAUCAGGAUCAACUGUAGGGAGGUCGUUGGACAUUGGCCGGUUUAGCAGCUAUGAUGAGCUGAGAGAGGAACUGGGUCAGAUGUUUGGAGUUGAGGGUCAGUUAGGCCCUUUGAGAUCAGGCUGGCAGCUUGUGUUCGUUGACAGGGAGAAUGAUGUGCUUCUCCUUGGCGACGAUCCGUGGGAGGCAUUUGUUAAUAAUGUCUGGUAUAUAAAGAUACUUUCUCCAGAGGAUGUGCUGAAACUGGGGAAACAUGGGAUUGAAUCGUUAAGCUCAAAUGGUCAAAGGCUUAACAGUAAUACUUGUGAUUCUAGAAACCUUGUGUCUGGCAUAUCCUCUGUUGGUUCCCUCGAAUAUUGACAAGGAUAGAAAAUGGUGCUUCUUCACUGGUUUUAAGUUUCCGGGGAAAGCGAGCAUAAAGUGUUUGCUUUAGUAGUGAAGUACUAUUUGUUUUAAAUAGUGAAGUCGAGUUAUUCCAGACUAUAUAUUAGGGACUAAAUUGCUUCCUUUUGUAAUAUAAAUGCAUAUACAGUCAUUAUGGUGCAUGUUAAACCAUUUUUAGGUUUUCCCCUGGAACAGCUCUUUCACUAGACUGUUCACAAAUUGGUUACUCUCUGAUUAAAACCCUCUGUAACAGCAGUCAUAUCUAUGUUUAUGGACUAUUGCUUAAAUGCUCAUUAUGGUGUUAUAGCAUGUGUUUGUAUUC